GUCCAAGUGCAGCCACUAAGUAUAAGGUUGUCUAACAGGAACUUAAGGCCUAAGCACUACCAUCAUGGCCGACCAACUAACAGAAGAACAAAUUGCAGAAUUCAAAGAAGCCUUUUCACUGUUCGACAAAGAUGGAGAUGGCACCAUAACAACAUCGGAACUGGGUACCAUAAUGAGGUCACUUGGGCAGAACCCCACCGAAGCUGAACUACAAGACAUGAUCAAUGAAGUAGACACCGAUGGCAACGGCACAAUUGACUUUUCAGAAUUUCUCACCAUGAUGGCCCGAAAAAUGAAGGAUACCGACAGUGAAGAAGAAAUCAGAGAGGCGUUCCGCGUGUUCGACAAGGACGGCGACGGUUUCAUCAGUGCCGCAGAACUUCGACACGUGAUGACCAACCUUGGAGAGAAGUUAACAGAUGAGGAAGUUGAUGAAAUGAUCAGGGAAGCUGACAUGGAUGGGGAUGGUCAAGUGAACUAUGAAGAAUUUGUUCAUAUGAUGACAGCAAAGUGAAGACACCUUGUACAGAAUGUGUUAAACUUCUUGUGCACUGUU